AUGUAUAACGAAACAGAAGCUGAAGAUGAGGAUUUAGUGGAAAAAGAUAAUAUUACAUUUGAACCUAAGUUAACUGGUGAAAUAUUAGGUGAAAUUAUUCUGAAUAUGUUAAUAAGUUUUUCACUUAAUCUUACUAACUGUGUUGGUAUAGGCACUGAUGGAUGCAGUGUCAUGGUUUCUACAGUACGAGGAGCUGUUACAAAAAUACAAUCUCAUGCUCCAAAUGCCAUUCAUUGUCCAUGUGCUAACCACGCAUUGAAUCUUGCAAUAUCAAUGUCAUCAUCUAUACAAACAAUAAAAAACUGUGUUGGCCUAAUGAUGGAAGUAAUAUCAUUUUUUAACUUGUCGUUUAAACGAAAUUUUGUUUUGAAGACAAUUUUAAAUGGAAAUCCACGUUUUAUAAGCUUGUGUGAAACAAGAUGGGUUGAGCGUCAUGACAGUGUUAUGCUUUUUAAGUCAUCUUUACCCUAUAUUGUAAAAGCAUUAACAUUCAUUUCCAAUUGGCAAGAAUACAUAGAAUACUUUCUUUAUCAAGUUUUCUAUGUGUGA